CAAGGGAAGAAGAGACCAAGCGCGUUCUCGUCGUAGACCAGAGGGCUGAAAGUAGAGACGGCGCAUCUUGCGUUAAUUCUUUGAAUAACUACAUUCAAAAGUCUUGGCGAUAUGUCUGAGGAAAAGCCUAAGGAGGGAGUGAAAACCGAAAACGACCACAUCAAUCUGAAGGUAGCAGGACAAGACGGGUCCGUGGUCCAGUUUAAAAUAAAACGGCACACACCUUUAAGCAAACUUAUGAAGGCGUACUGUGAAAGACAGGGAUUGUCAAUAAGGCAGAUCCGAUUUAGGUUUGAUGGGCAGCCCAUAAACGAAACGGACACACCUGCACAGCUCGAGAUGGAAGACGAGGACACAAUUGACGUGUUUCAACAGCAGACCGGAGGGGUCUGCUAAAGCCUACCGGGUGCAAAAGAGGCGUCCAUUCAGCUAUUUUAUUUGACAUGUUUCCUCAAGACGCUCUUUCAAUGUUAACGUAUUUUUGUUUUGUUUUUCCGUUUUGAUUUUUUUUUUGUUUUGUUUUGUUUUUUAAACCACCCUUAACCUAGAUGUGGAGGUGAAGGGUGGAUUCCCCCUCCCCCUCAGUAUGUGAGAGAUCAUAAUGAUUUGUCCCAAAAUGGAUGCUGGUUGGCAAUGCUGAUAUUUCAGAAUGGCUUUGCCUGUAAAGAGCAUCCGGUCAGAACUUUGGAUCUGACGGCAAACAUCAAGCCACAUGUGGACACUGUUGCCAUUUUGUUCUUGUUCAUGUGUUUUUGUUUUUUCUUUUCUCUUAUUACUGUCUGCGCCGACAGAACACAGACGGCAAUGAUGAACCACCUGUCCCUGCUCUCUCAAGAGCAUGAGAGGCGCUAUGAUUUCUGUCAUUGUGCAUAUGCUAUGUUAUGUUUCUCCUUUUUUUUUUAGGCGCAUUCUAUUGCAGAAGAGCAACAUCUUUUCAGUAUUCUGUACUCCAAUUGGAUUUGAAUCACUUUAUUCAGGGAGAAAGGGGGCAAAGGUGUUAAGGACUUGUUAUCUCCGACCAAGUCAUCCAUAGAGCAGUUGAUUGCAAUACAUGAUGCCGCAUCACCGAAUGUGGACCAAACCCAAAUAAGAUGGUACACUGAUAAAGAGAACGUGUUCAGAUAAUUAAUGAAGAAUAGUCUUCUGCUUUUAAAAGAGUUCCUUUUUUAAAUUGUGUUAAUGUACGAAGGUAUUCUUCUUUUUGCAUUCACUGUGUUUUCUUUUGUGUUCCUUUUUUUUUUGUUGGUUGGGCUUAAUUUUGCUCCUGUCUUUUUUGGCUAGGGGUUGGAUAUGGACAUUGUAAGACCAAAUUAUGCUUUCGAUCCCCCACUUCUUCCCAGUCCUUGCGAAAACCUCAAGGGAAUCCUCAUCAGCUUUUUCAGCUUUGCUUUGUCAUUGUGCUUUCCUGAUGGAGGUGUUGUGGCCCUAGCUCUGCAGCCUCCUCUAGCCCUGCUUCAUACAGUUUCCAAAAUCGGUUGGCAAAGAAGGGGUGGAAAGAGGGUUUGGGGAAAUGGCAUUGUCCACAACUUAUGUCAUGUUUCUGUACUGAUUUGUACAUUAUUUGUUGUCCUUUACUACUGUACACAAUAAAUAUAGUUUGGUACUCAGA